AUGUUAGAUGAUUUGUGGGGAAAUCUAGACCUAGAAGCAAUAGGAGUUCCUGAUUUGAAAACAAAUAACAAAUCGAAAGUAAUGUUCACAACGCGAUCUGAACAUGUGUGUGGUAUAAUGCAAGCUCAAAAGAAAUUCAAAGUAGAAUGUUUAUCAGAGAAUGAUGCAUUUGAUUUGUUUUGUAAGAAAGUAGGUGAUGAGACUUUAAAAUGUCACUUAGAGAUCCCAAAGCUAGCACGUGAAAUGGCUAAAGAAUGCAGAGGAUUGCCGCUAGCAUUAAUCACUAUGGCAAGUGCCAUGGCUGGAGUGAAUAAUUUUGAAGCUUGGAUGGUUGCCAAAAAUAACUUAUGGAGUUCUCAUUGGACGGCCUCAGAUUCUAAUUUUAAUGUCCCUUUGUCUUGA